AUGUCAAUGCAUUUGGAUAAAUCUAGCUCUUCUAUUGUGCUGGAUGUAGCAUGGAAUGAAGUUGAUAAGAAGAAUCAAGGGUUUAUUUAUGCAAAGAAUUUUCCGGCUUUGAUUAAAAGUAUCGAAACCAUAUUGAGUCACGGCGAAGAGGAUUCGUCACAGCUAUCACUGCUUUCCAAUACAGGAGUUGAUGUUAUCGAUACAUUUGCUAAGGAGAAGGAGUUCUUUAAGAUAUACAAGGACGAGUUCAAAGAGAUAUUUCAAGGUUUAGUUGGUAAAAGUUUUAAAGACGCUAUUGAAGGUACAAUGAUAUCAAAGAAGAAAAUUCUUGCCUCUGUUGAGUAUAAUGAAAACGAAGAGGGCAGUCCUGAGAAAAGUCGGCAAGACUCACCGGGCAGACUGAGUCACAGGUUGAGAAUUUUGGAGACUAAACUAAAGACAACAAAUGAAGAGCUGCGUUUUAAAGAUGGUAUAAUAGCAGAAAAGGAUAGGGAACUGAUAUCACUUACACGAAGUGUUGGUGAAUAUAAAGAUAAGUACGAAUUCCUACAGAGGCAAUUUAGCUUUUAUAAAGGUCAUGGAGAGGCUAUCAACGACGGUGACAACAAUAAAGGUGAACAAGAUGCCAAACUCGAAGAUAAUGAAAGAUAUAGUUCCACGAGACAUGAAUUUAUUAUCAGCGAGCUGAAAAGAAAGCUGCAAGAGCAAACGGUGCUCAUCACAACUUUGCGAGACCAAAUACAAAUUGGGGGAGUUGAAUUGGGAUCAACGAAUGGAAAAAGCUCGAAAAGAGGAGGUUUCACAGUUGGGAUCCUAAAAAAUUUCGAUACUUUUUCGACUACGAACCUGCUUCUGUUGUUUUUUCUGAUGACAUUUACAGUUUUAUCAUUCAUAUUCUUCUUUAUCAGAAAUUGGCUUCAAACAAAUAAUGCAGAAUUUCAAAGUCAAAAAGACCUAUCGUGGUGGGAAAAUAUUUCAUUGCUAAGUAGAAUAGGAUGGUUUUUUAUGGAUUGGACAGAGCCAAUAAUAGAAUCGGAGAACCAAAUUCGGAAUGAUGAGGCUUUAGCCGCAUAUGACAGAAUUUUUGGAUUAGGUGGCUCCGAACAAUAA